CUAUCCCUCUCUCUCUGUAACCCUCUCCCGGACCCUCUAUCCAUCGGUCUCUUCCUCCUCUGCUCUUGCCUUCUCCUUCCUGUGAGAGCGUUUACCACCCAUGUUCCAGCCGACGGGUCCUGGGGGCCGGUCGUCAACAAGCCUGCUGGCGUUGUGUGCCAUGGGGCCCCGGGAGAGACCGGCCCCUGGCACCAGGUAUGUCCUCCUGGUGCUCUUCCUCCUGCUGCUGGUUUCCCCCGGCUCUUCAGCUGUCAUCACGGGGGCCUGUGAGAUGGACUCCCAGUGCGGAGGGGCUAUGUGCUGCGCGGUCAGUGUGUGGAUACGGACUCUGAGGAUGUGCACCCCCAUGGGCCAGGAGCACGACGACUGCCACCCCAUGAGUCAUAAGAUUCCCUUCAAGGGGAUGCGGUUGCAUCACACGUGUCCCUGUCUGCCCAACCUGGCCUGCAUCACCCCAGAGGACGGGAGGUCACGCUGUCUCCCCGCCUUCAAGUUCCCGGACUACUACCUCUGACGGAAACCACCUUGCUUCUGAAAGACAGGCUUGUCAAGGUCCAAUACGGGGCGUCCAACCACUGGGUGUUAUGUCUAAUUUAUUUUGACCUUUGAGGAAUCGAUUUUUUUAACCAGACGACCGGUGACUUGACAAGAAGGAUUCUUACAGAUCAUUUGCACUCGUCUGUUUAUUGUAUGUUGUACAUCAUCUGGUCUGUAAUUCCACGUUAAAUAAACACGGGUGCAAGACAAGACCUCUUUUUAUUCCCAUUGCCAAUGCCACACGAUUUAGUUUGAUUCUCAUCGUAUU